AUGCCCUUUUUUCUCUCUUUCCCUCGCUCUAUCUGGUCUUUCCAGACACACGCCCCCCCCAAAGCCCCAAGACAAGACCCCAAAGCUGCUCGGCCGACUGAAUCGACAUGCAUCUACAGAGUUGCACUACUGCGUACCCGUACAUACCAGCCCCGGGCGGCUAUCGUCUGCGAGGAACCAUCCACACCCAUGCCCCCGCAUGCAAGUUUGUCUCUGUCUCUGUCCCUGUCUCUGUCUCUGUUACUGUGCUUGUCCUGCCUGUCAUGCCUAACCCCUCCUCCUGCUCUUCCUCGUCUCCUGCUCUCUUGGUCUGUGUGCCGGCCCUACCUACACCUACCUUACCUUCCAGACUACAACGGCCUCAUGUACCUCGUGUACACUAUCCUUCCCCCUGUCCCUUUUCUCGAACCCUGGCGAUGGUCCCCGCUGCUUUCUAUCCUGGAGAGUGGCACUCGUUCAAAUCGUCUCGACUGGCAGGCUCCCCUUGCGAAAAAAUACAAACCUUUGGAUCGGCACCAUCGCUGUCCACUUCGCUCGUCAUUAAUAGGCCGCGGCCAUCUCGUCCUCGCGAGGCUCUCUUCUCAUCCAUCCCAUUUGACAAGUCCAAUUACGGAGAGGCAGACUUCAGUGACUCUUUGA